GUGGGGAGCUUCGAUGCGCGUUCACGUCGCCCCAGGUCUGGAGAUGUCGGUGCCGUCUCCGCGCUCCGGUGUCUGGAGGAAAACCUGGAUUUAUGUUGCACUGUAGAAGAAUCAAGUAAAAAAGGACAAAAUGUUGAGUAGAUAAGUACUUGUUCCUACUGAAGCUGGGACAAUCACACAGCCUUCUUGGCCGCUCUUCUUCUGGACCAGCCUCUGACUGCAGUCUGCUGUGGGAGCUGGAGUCAUCAUGGAGACGGUGGUGAUUGUAGCCAUUGGGGUGUUGGCUACCAUCUUCCUGGCCUCCUUCAUCGCUCUGGUGGUGGUCUGCAGACACCGCUACUGCCGUCCUCGUGAUCUGCUGCACCACUUUGACUCCAAACCUACACUGGAUCUGAUUGGAUCCAUGGAGACGCAGAGUGAACCCUCAGAGCUGGAGCUGGACGACGUUGUCAUCACCAACCCUCACAUUGAGGCUAUCCUGGAGAACGAGGACUGGAUAGACGACGCAUCGGGUCUGGUCUCUCACUGUAUCUCCAUCUUAAAGAUAUGCCACACUUUGACUGAGAAGCUCGUUGCCAUGACAAUGGGUUCAGGAGCAAAGGUCAAAGCCCCAGCAAGCCUGAGUGACAUCAUCACUGUGGCAAAACGCAUAAGCCCGAGGGUAGACGACGUGGUCAGGUCCAUGUACCCUCCUCUGGACCCUAUCCUGUUGGACGCCAGGGCCACUGCUCUGCUGCUCUCUGUCAGUCACCUGGUGCUGGUCACCCGUAACGCCUGUCACAUGUCCGGCAGCAUGGACUGGAUCGACCAGUCACUUCACGCCGCCGAAGAUCACAUGGUGGUUUUGCGCGAAGCGGCAUUGGCCUCUGAGCCAGAAAGAAGCAUACAUGGAGGUGAGGCACAGAGGGAGCAGGCCAUUUAGAGACAGCAGCAGCAGCGCCUCCAACAGGGCUCUGAUUGGUCAUGGAGAAUCUCUGUUGCUAUAUUUGGUUUCCAGUUGAAACUGAACAGGCACACGUUGUUAUGGACUGUGUUGACAAAGCCUGUUUAACAAAUGCUUUCAGUCCAGGAGACUUCUCUUCAGUGAAAAGUUGCUGGAUGAUUCAAGGACUUCACUUUUUGUUUUUAAAAUAAAACAUUAUAAUUAAAAGAAAAUCCAGUCCUCUGCAAUUGGCAAAUAAAAUCUGCCACAUUUGAGCAAAUAUUUAGGAAGCAAAAGGACAAAUAACAUUAAAUACCCAUGGUUACAUCACCUUUUAUUAUUGUCACGCCCAAUAAUCCCCUGUAAAUUUUUUUUUUUCAUUCCUGUGUGCUAGAAAUGUCCAUUAUCCUUGUAUUUUUAAUGUAGACCAGGUUGUUGUUUAUUUCACUGCUUCUAAAUAGAUAUUUUUUAACCUCAUGAAGCUUGGCACAUACCGCUGUGUGGUGAACUCUGACCUAUUGUUGCAGAGUGUCACCUGAAUGACCUUUUAAUUUUACUUCAGUGUAAAUCAGGUUCUCACAAGGUGCCCAUCACAUAGUAUGGGAUUUUCUGUUUGUUUUUUUCAAUUCACUAUCAGUCCUUUGUUGUGUUAUGUAAGAGUUCAACUGCAUUAUCAAGUUAAACCAUUUAGUUCGUAUUGUAUUUUACUGAAGUGUAUUUACUUGCCUGGUCAUGAUGUUUGUAUUGUGAGUGAACGUGUGAGUCAGCGUUUCUUUGUGUCACCAUAAAAAUAUGGAUGUCGGUUGUAUUAAAGUGAAAAGGGCUUUUGGAUAUUUCACCAUCAGCCAGCAGUGACUUAAGUCCAAUCUCUCCUUCACUGCACAGUCACAUGUUAGAGGCUUAUUCAGCUAAUCCAUUCUGAGCAUAAAAAAAACAGCCAGUAUGACCAGGGAGCUCCAGCUCUGAGCACCAGAGGAGAUUCAGCCUAAUUGUUGGACAGUGUGGGGUCAGAAGGUCGGUCCCUUAACAUCAUCCCUCACGACUGCAGAAGUUGAUUAUCAGUCAACACAAAAACUGAACAGCACAGUAGAUAUGAUGUGAGUGGAGUUAUAAUUAGAAACAUAUUACAUUUUUAUUUUGCCUGUCGUGUAUUCGCUCGGAUGUGUUUAUGUGUUUACUUCAUCUUUAUUCCACUGUUCAUCACUGAUAUCCUUCACCGUCGACGCUUCCCUAUUUUUACUCUUGGAAUUGAUUUGUACAGAGACGAAAACAUCUUAUAGGAAAAUGUGUUGGGAUAAAAUUCAUGUCUGAUAAAAAGUGCACACACUAUACUGAUCUGACAGAAAUAAAUGUCAACAUUUGCUUCUU